CAGCGGCCUAGAAGGCCGACCAUGGGCCGACCAGCGAAUCAGCACCCACUGCGGUUGCAAAAUGCCGCGACGUCUGCUGCGACGGUCACUGCAGUUCCGCGGAAAAUGUGCAAAUGAGCUUUAGAAGUCACCUCUUGACAGUUCCGUUCUUGAAUGUCCUGUGCAACAGGAAACGGGACCAUCGUGAUCACCGUGUCCUGUUCUAAGAUGGGUGUUGUUGAGGACGGAAGUCGAAGGCUUGUCGAGGAGGUCUACGAUUUGAUAAAAGACAUUCGUGACCCCGAGAAGCCUCACACACUGGAAGAGCUCGGUGUUGUCUCUGAGGAGGAGAUAAGCGUCAACACUGAUAGGGACGCCUACAGUUAUGUGAGCGUCACCCUAAUACCGACCGUGCCUCAUUGCCACCUCGCUGCCAUCAUUGGGCUCUGCGUAAGGACAAAGCUUGAGGAAAACUUGCCUUACAAUUUCAAGCUUGACAUCUUCAUUAAGGAAGGUUCUCACACAACUGCUGCUGAAUGGACUGGACAUUACUUGUUCAGUUGCGGAUAACGUAUCCGUGUAUGAAUGGAAUAUAGAAAACUCCAAUCUUAACAAUAGCUGAAAAACAUGCAGUGAUGUCGAAUUUCACUUGCCUUUGCAGUGAGCAAGCAGAUCAAUGACAAAGAGAGAGUAGCCGCAGCAAUGGAAAACAAGAACAUUAAAGACAUGGUGCAGAGCUGCGUCUCCUACGAGACCAUGUAAAGGACUCUUCAGCUAUGCUUACAUGCGACCAGUGAACGAUUACUUUCCCAUUUCAGCCAGCUGAAACUACAAGGCGACAAGAAAAUUUUUCAUCUGCUCAAUGUUUUUGCGGCCAUGUCUUAACAUUAAAUACCACAAAUUAUUCACAUUA